UAUUCACCUUUCAAAAGUUGAAGCUGUUACUCUUCCUAACUACACACAUUAUUUUAAGAUUCUGUGCAGUGAAUAUUGUUUUUCCCCGCUGAGUCCUGUCUUCAUCUUUGCAGUAACUAUGGGGUCAUGGUUGCCAUGUUUUUCACUGUGAGCGUGAUCAACAACUACGCUCUCAACUUUAAUAUCGCCAUGCCCCUGCACAUGAUCUUCAGAUCUGGAUCUUUAAUAGCUAACAUGAUUCUCGGCAUCGUCAUCCUAAAGAAGCGGUAUUCGAUGAGUAAAUAUCUGUCCAUCGUGUUGGUGUCUGUGGGCAUUUUCAUCUGCACUGUCAUGUCUGCUCAACAAGUGAACGUUGAGAAGGGAGCCUCAGAAGAAGAAGGAGUUUAUGCUUUCCUGCAUUGGCUUCUGGGUAUCGCCAUGUUGACGUUUGCCCUGCUGAUGUCUGCCAGAAUGGGCAUUUUCCAAGAAACUCUCUACAAAAGACAUGGCAAACACUCCAAAGAAGCUCUGUUUUACAACCAUUGUCUGCCGUUGCCAGGCUUCCUCCUGCUGUCAGGUGACAUCUACAGACACGCUGUGCUCUUCAACCAGACCUCUCCUGUGGAAAUCCCUGUGAUUGGUCAAUCAAUGCCGGUCAUGUGGUUUUAUCUGCUGAUGAACGUCAUCACACAAUACGUGUGUAUCCGCGGCGUGUUCAUUCUGACCACCGAGUGUGCGUCGCUCACGGUUACGCUGGUGGUGACGCUGCGUAAAUUCCUGAGUCUCAUCAUAUCCAUCCUGUACUUCCAGAAUCCCUUCACAGCGUGGCACUGGACGGGCACGGCCGUGGUGCUUCUGGGGACGCUGCUCUACACUGAUGUGUUAUCCAGCGUUUACACGGCAAUCAGAGGAAAGAAAACAGACCAGAAGACGGAAUAAUUCACACAUUCUGUACAGGAAGGGAAUGUGAACGACAGGACAGCAGUGUAAUGCCUGUUGUUUGUUUGUUUGUCAUUGCUCUUAAAGGUAGUUCUGGGCUAAUUUUAUGAGCUGUUUUGAGCCAGGUGUGUGUGUGUGCGUGCGUGCGUGCGUGCGCGUGUGUGUGUGUGUGCGCGCGCGCAAGAGUUCACAAUCCAUUGUCUGUUUCUGCACAGAGAUUGUGUUAUUUUGUUUACGGAGGCUUUUGUUCAUGGCACCAUCUUCGAGUGCUCUCCCAGAUCCACUUCAUCAUUAAAAUAUUUUGCAAUUGGAUUCAGCACUUGUUGCAGAUGUACAGGGUUUCUUAACAUGAAUGUAAACGUUUGUGUAUUUAUUUGAUUUUUUUCAACGCAGCCAGAUUCAUUGUUGGGUGUUGACAGGCAACUCAUAUGGGAGGCAAAUCCUGCCAAAUUUAAAUAAAUAAAUUAAACAAUGAAAAUGAAAACCAGAUUAGCAAUUUCAUUAUACACAACUGUGCGCACAAUAUGUGCCAAAAUGAAAAAUAAAAUGAAAUGAUUUCAUUUUUGCACUGACAAUGUGUUGUCCCUGUCAAAUUGAAAAAGAAAAUGCAAUUGGUGAUUUGACAUUUCAUUUUCACAAAAAUCUCGAGGCAAGACUGCCAAUAUGAAAUUGAAAAUGUGAAAGAAAUUGCAAAAACCUUUUUUUACAUUUUAAUGUUCACGCAAUAAUACUGACAAUUCAA